AUGAAGAACGUAGCAAAGUCGUUAGCUGUUAGAGUUGAUGAAGGAAACAGAUGGGAGGAUUCAGACCUCCUUUGGACAGAUUUCCAUCAGAAACUUGUGGACCAUGCGCUUAUAUCCAUGGACACUUACCUGGGCCAGUUUCCUGACAUCAAAUCCCGUAUUGCAAAGCGUGACAGGAAGCUGGUGGACUAUGACAGUGCACGACACAACUAUGCUGCGGUGAACAAAGGCAAGAAAAAGGAGGGGAUCAAGAUCACCAAGCCAGCUUCCCUGCUGGAGAGGGCCGCCCCAGGCUGGGCUCAGGGGAUCCUGUCUGCCCAUAACGUGGCUCAAACCAGCCUCUCCAGGAGUCAGGCAGAGGAAGAGCUGGAGAGGGCACAGAAAGUGUUUGAGGAGAUUAAUAUAGAUUUGCAGGAGGAACUGCCAUCUCUGUGGAACAGUCGUGUUGGCUUUUAUGUGAAUACAUUCCAGAGUGUGGCUGGUCUGGAGGAGAAGUUUCACAGAGAAAUGGGAAAAAUUAAUCAGAAUCUGAAUGAUACGCUGGAGAAAUUAGAAAAUCAAGAUAUGUCCAGAAAAACAGGUAGCCAAGAGGUGAGGACAUCAACAGCCCAGAAGAGUGACAGAACACAAGAUGCCAAUCACACGUUGAGCCCAGGAGGACCGCCAGCCAUACCCAAAUCACCGUCCAAGCUAAAGCCUAUGGUUCCUCCACCUCCUAAAGUUACUCCAUCAAAGGAUAUGAAGCAGGAGAACAUUAUCAAUCUGUUUGGUGAGGCUGCCACUCCAAACAUCAGUGUCACUUCGCCAACACAGUAUGAUGCUCCAGCCACUGCUAAUCUGCUGGAUAUGGAUCUGGACUCACUUCAGGCUGCCACCACACCAGCCGCACAGACUUGGGAUUCAUGGGAGCAAACAGAGAAGGAAGCUGAGGUGCCUCAGACAUGGGACGAUGAUGGUACCCAGCCUGUGCACUCUGGCUGGGGCGAUGAUGGUAACCAGGCUACCUGGGAUGAUGAUGGUAGCCAACCUGUGUGUGCUCCGGCCGCAUACUCCACCUGGGAUGAUGAUGGCUCUCAGCCUGUGCAGGGGAAUGACAAUGAUUCUACCCAGCAGGCCCAAGGGUGGGACGAUGAUGGGGCUCAGGCCACAGAAAAGGUAGCUGUUACAGAAGAGGCAGUAGCUGAAACCGUAAAUGAAACUGCACAGGCGACCACUGAGAGCACAGAGAGUGUAGAGAUGCCAGAAUCCUUUCUGUUCAAAGUGAAAGCAAUGCACGACUACAAUGCCAAUGACUCUGAUGAGUUGGAGUUGAAGGCCGGAGAUGUGGUGCUGGUUGUAAGCUAUGAAAACCCAGACGAGGAGGAUGAAGGGUGGUUAGUGGGAGUCAAAGAGUCCGACUGGAUUCAGCAUAAAGAUCAAGGGAAAAAAGGAGUCUUUCCUGAAAACUUCACCCAGAGGAUGUGAGAGCCUGUGAUCCGCUUGACCUGUUGUUAAUCCUUCUAUAUAACUCCUCAUUGCUUCCCUUCAAAAUGCAAACAAAAAAACUGUACUACGACACCAACAAAUGCACAGCCACAGGCAAUCUGCUGGUUAUGUUUGUGGAAGUUGUUGACAGGUUAGUCUUUGCGUUGUUGUCACCAUGUCUCAUAUUUGUCACGGUGCAAAUAUAAGACACCGUGAAUAAGUGGUAUUCUGUUAACUAGUUUUGCCUUUUUUAAUAGAUGGAGUAACAUACCCAAAGUAAGUCCUUGCUGCAAAUGCUUUUAGACUAGACUUUCUUAACCAUGUCCCAUUUUGUGUGGAAAUGUUUUAAAGUCAUAUCCCAGAUGAGCUAACAAACUGGUGAGAAAACAGUCUCUGUAGUCUAAUACUGAGCAAGCACUAUUUGAGCUGCAUGAUAUAUAUAUAUAUAGUAAUGUCACAGGUGGAAGCAAACAGUAUUUCUUUUUAAAUGGUGAUUAAUAUUCCUCUCGAGACUGGAAUGCACUACAUAACUUUUCAAAUCUAAACCGAUUAAAAAAAAAACACUAGACAUCGUACACUUGCCAUCUUUGUGACUGAUGGUCACAAACUACAAACGACUUUAAAGUUGCUCCGAACACAACAAACUUACUGUUUCUAGGAGAUGUGUGACAAAUAAAAGCAAUAUGUGUUCUUAAACCUACAUGGUUAAUAUCGUCUGAUUGGAUGGAAUCACAGGCUGAUUUUCUGUGAAAUCUGUCAACUCCAACUGCCCAAAAUCUGCAGACUGGAUCUGACUUUCAGCAACUAGCGCCGACUCCUCCAGACUGUAAAUUAGGGCAAAAAUCUGUACAAAAGUCAUGUAGUGAAUUCCAGCCUUCAGUUACAUAGUCCUACAAUAUGACAGCUGAACACUCCUCGAUGGAAACUGAGUUUGACUGCUCAGAGUCAAAGAUCGACCAGCUCCAUUUCUGCAUGUUUAAAUCAGAAACAAACUCAAAAGUUAAAAUAAAACAGACUAAUAUAGUUAAAGGAGUAUUUAAUCAUUCUCAUUAACAAACAAAAAACAUAUGCACUCAUUCCAUAUGCAGUUAAUGGUGACACUAAUGAGGCUGACGUAUUUAACCCCAGACUCUUGCUCAGGUUAUAUUUACAUGAACCUGUGUGCUGUCUUUCACCCUUAGCUUUACCUUAUACAUAAUAUUACUGAUUUUUUCUUUUUUCUUUUUUGAUGAAGCCAUUUCAGAAAUUGAUGUGAUUAAUAUUGUACUUCACUGUGCAAACAGAGUCAUAUACACACAAUUUGUCUCAGUCAUUUAGUAAAACACGGUUUAGUGUAUUCAGUGAAGGAGAUUUUCUGUCCGUCUUAACAUGAAAUGCAAUAAUCUCUGCACAGAUUUUUAUUUCUUUAUGAAUUGUAUUCAUAGGCACGUCGGAGAUAUUGGAUAUGGGUAGUUUGUGAUUUGAAAGUGGAUAUUAAAGCAGCACUAUGUAACUUUUGGCGCUCUAGCGGUUAAUAAACAGAACUGCACACAUC